AUGUUACUCAAUGAUAGAACUUUUCGAAUCAAUGAAAAUCCUUCUUUUCUCUUUCAUGAAAACUUACAAAGAUCAAAGGAAAAACCUUGUCAGGAUCUGAAUAAAUUGCUGGCAAAUCGGGGAUAUAUUAGUAAUUCAUCGAAUUUGUUAUCAUACUGUCUUGUUAUCACUUUGUUACUUCUACUGCAGUUUGUUCUCAGCCAAGGAAGCUAUUCAGGGGAGGGUAAUGCUCCAAUGUUUGGGGACUAUGAAGCCCAACGUCAUUGGAUGGAAAUAACUUGGCACCUACCGAUAUCCGACUGGUAUGUGAAUACGACCGACAACAAUUUGCUUUAUUGGGGACUCGAUUAUCCUCCGUUAACUGCUUAUCAUAGCUACAUCAUGGGCUAUAUAGCACAUUCCAUCAACCCUUCCUGGGUUUCUCUGUUUUCUUCUCGAGGACAUGAAACACCGAGUCAUAAGAUGUUCAUGAGGAUGAGCGCAAUCCUUCCAUAUUUGGCUAUAUAUAUUACAUCUUUGGGUUUACUUAGUAAACUUACAUCCGAUAAGAAGAUUUCGAAAAUUUUAUUCUUCGCGUUAUCAUGUCUGUAUCCUGGGCUGUUAGCUAUAGACUGCGCGCAUUUUCAAUACAAUAGCAUUUCUCUUGGAUUUUUUCUCGUCGCAUAUUCGUGUUUUCAUUCAGAUUACACUCUUCUUGGCUCUUUUUUCUUCGUUCUUGCCGUCAAUUACAAACAAAUGGAAUUGUAUCACUCCUUACCAAUAUUCGUAUUUAUUCUUGCUCGAUCGAUCAAGAGGCCAUUAAUCCACAGAAUAAGGGAGUCAUUUGUUCAAAUUUUGAAAGUUGGCUUAAUAGUCUUGCCAUCUUUUGCUGUGUUAUGGGUACCCUUCUUAUUACAGGGGUUACAACAUACCCAACAAGUGCUCAGAAGAAUUUUCCCGUUUUAUAGAGGCUUAUAUGAGGAUAAGGUAGCUAGUGUAUGGUGCUCAUAUUCUUUCAUUUUGAAAUUAAAUAAACUGCUGACUCUUGAGCGACAGAUACAGUUGAGUACCGUUGUUGUUCUUCUCGUGUCUAUCCCAUCGCUUGUGUUACUUUUCUAUCGACCGACUCUGAAGAACUUCCGUUUUUCAUUAUUUCUCACGUCUCUAGCUUUCUUCUUGUUUUCAUUCCAAGUGCAUGAAAAGUCCAUACUAUUGCCGGCGAUAUCCGCAAUUCUUUUACUGGCAGAUUAUCCUCUUGAAGUUUCAUGUUUUUUACAGGUCACUUGCACCAGCAUGUUUUCCUUGUGCUUAAAAGAUAAUAAUGGAAGUCUUCUUGUCCUUUUUGUAUCCUACUCACUGUUCAGCUUCUUAGUUUUGAAAAAGAGUUAUGGAACUCUGAGUAUAUGGUUAGGAGUACUGUCCAUUUCUUUAGGAGUUUUAUUGUGCAUCGCCGAGUGGAUACUAAUCCCACCCUCAAACCUUCCACAUAUCUUUCCAUUGCUAAAUGCUUUCUAUAGUUGUUCCACAUUUCUAUUAUACCUUGCUUAUUUCUAUGUACAAAUGCUAACUAACACGUUCAGAAAAUUCUUAAUAAUGGAGUUGAGAAACAAAUUGUCUUGGGCAAUUACGAAUAAACGAUUGAAUGACCUUACACCAAGGAUCCCAUAUAUAUUACCUGAUGCCGGUUUCCUGGUUUGGAAUGAUGGUGCUACCCGAGGACAAGAAUUUCUGAAAGUACUCUUCGGGAUACAAGAGAAAAAUGCUUGUUUUCCUGCCCAGCUGAGAUGUCCUUCUGAUACUCCUUUUGCGGAAUUCGUAACAAAGGUUCAGCGAAAACUGAUACAGGUUAGAUAUCCGAGCAUAGAAAAAGAAACAGUUUUUGAUCCGACUAUCCACUCUGAUAUAGACGUUCUCGUUAGUGAGAGCUGCCCAGAUUCUACUCUGGAACACAUAUUAGAAAGAAACGAGAAGAUAAAAAUAGGAGGAUUCGAGUAUAAAGUGAUAAAGAAUUCAAUGGAUUUUAAUCUCAUGGUAUCCUCUAUCCAACUAUACCCCAUUGUAAAUUGUCCUUUAAUACCAACUUUGUCUUCUGUGAAGAAUGGCAAAACUGCAGAUGUUCGUCCCAAAAUACACUGGUUUGUCGGUGAUCCGAUCUUCAUAUCUGAAGAUUACACAAAACAGAAGAAGCAGAAAUUUCGAGGCUAUGCUUUAGGACCUCCAAAUGAUAUCAGCUUCGAUGAUAUUGAGAACAGAACUUUCAAAGUGGAAAACUUCCACUUCCGUUGUAUGGGUCAGUUCUUCGUUCCCACGAAAGAUGAUGUGGCUAAACAGAUUGUUUUCAUUGUUGACGCAGGACCCGACUCCGUAGUGAGAUGUGGAAUCAUUGGUGAUAUUGUGCAGGAUCAAAUAGAAAAACCUGUUUAUGAAAAUCGAAUGAAAUGGGCUGCUGAGAAAAGGGAAGGGCUCCGAGUGGCGACUUACAAUAUUUUGGCAGACUUGUAUCUCAGUUUUAAACCGACAAAUACCGAGUUGUACUUCCCCUAUUGCCCAAUUCUAUAUCAGCGACCAGAUUACAGAUAUGGCUUGCUAUUGCAAGAGUUUAUGAAUUAUGAUGCUGAUUUAUUCUUCAUGCAAGAGGUAGAUGAAAAAAUGGAAAAAAGAUUUCUUGUUCCUCUCUUUGAAAGUCUAAACAUGAGCUUCGUUUUUGAAAGAAAGAGAAGAAUGAAAGAAACUUCGGUUGUUGGUGAAGGAACUGCGAUCGCCUUCAAGCAGAGUUCUUUUCGAGAAGUGGAAAGGUUCAGUACUUGCAUCGCAAAUCUUCUAAGUGAAAACAUGGAUGUGAACGACAUAAUUAAGAGCAGCAUCUCAUCCUCUGAGGUUUUCCUUACCCGUCCAACGACCCUUCAGGUUCUGGUUAUUCAAAAUAGGGAUACCUCUGAGUUUAUUGUUUGUGGAACAACACAUUUACAUUUCAAUCCAGUACAUGAGCAUAUUAAAGCAGUUCAAGCAGUGCUUGCUGUGAGGAAAAUAUAUGAGAUUGCUCGUAAAUUCGAGAGGGUUCGUGUUGUUUUUGCUGGGGAUUUCAACAGCUUGCCGGAUGGUCCAGUACACAAACUAUUGGAAAACGGGUACCUCUUGGCAGAUGAUGAGUGCUGGCAAAACGAUAAAGAAAUUGAAGCAAAAGAUAUCAAGCUUCUUCCGAGCAGCAAUGGAAGCCCGCUGAGAGACUUAAUCCGCACAAAGGCUUAUACGAACUACACGCAGUUCAAAAAUGCUGAGGGAGUUAUCAUGGGCUUUAGUGGAAUUUUAGACUAUAUUUGGACCGACGGUUUUCUGUUGAAGCGUACUGCUCCAGAUAUCCCUCAUGAUCUUGUCACGAAGUAUCAAGCUAUUCCUAGUAAAAUUGCACCUAGUGAUCACCUACCCAUCAUUGCUGAAUUUGACACAGAUGACAGUCAUUCACAACCAGCCACAAAAAAUGCCAUUCUAUAA